AACAACAAUGCUUACAAAGAAACUCGAUAGUAACAGGUUAGUCAAGGACUAAAUGUUUCCAUACUGAUACUGAUGUCUGUGUGUAGCCUGAACAGCAUUGAUUAGAAAAAUUUAAGAGUUGAAGAUCUUUCAAGUUUUUAACUUUAGUAGUUGUUUGUUUAAAUUAAGUGUCAUUGACUAGCCUAAGUCGGUACCCUAAGCCUUAGGCAAGCCUGUCUGAAGUGUCUGUCUCAAGUCAAUAAACCGCGACGUUAAAUCGUUAAUCAUUAGGCCAUUUAGGCUAAUCAUUAUGUAACACAACUUGUAUUUUUCCAGGGAAUUAGUUUGAAUUACUAACUUAAGACAAUGACAUUUUAGCCUGAAAUGAAACUGAAGUUUGUUACUGAGUAGGCCUAACAAUAUAAUUAUAAUAAUUUAUGCUAAUUAUUAGUAGGCUAAUUAUUACCAUUACAUUGCUAUAAUAGUUAAAGUAUUAUUAGUAUUCCAUGGCAUUAGGCCUAGUUAGUUUUAGAAUUAAUUAUUAUCUAUUAUCAGACAUUCACAUUCCAACACCAACUCUGAUGAAAAACUUUGGCAUUGAAAUUCUACAGGACCACCUUUAUUUAGAGCCAGUUUAAUAUUAUAAAAACAGAGGAUAAAAUGAUAAAACUUUAAAAAAAAGGCACACAGAAACUUUAAUUCUACUAAUGCCUACUAAUGGUCUAAUAUAAUAGUAAUUUAGUUUGCCAUAAUCGUAGUCAUAAGGGGGGCUGGUUUGGAAAUUGGGUUGGCCCACUGUUUUUUUGUCUAGUCUACUUUCAUCUACAGAUAAUGAGAUAUGGCUUGGCUACAUAUUUUUUUUAAUUUUAAAAUUUAAAUAGUUCAAUAAAAUUAAUAAAAAAUGUUUACUUUACAUUUUUUUUUCCAGACACAGGCAAGGAAAUCAAAGAUAUUGAUAACUUAUAAAACUUCUCUCUUGAAAACAAUUUUGAUAUAUUCAUGCUUAGAUAAUACUGAUCUGCCUAAUCGAAAUUGACUGGACUCAAAAAAAGGAAAGUUAGGCUCUAGUUAUUAUACGCUCCAAGACAAGUGCAAAAUGUCAGAGGAUAACUCCUUAUCCUGAUUAAUAAAUUUCUGAAAUUCAAAAACAUUUAUAGCAUAAUGUCAAUUUAAAUUAUUGCAUCACUUAGACUUAGUAAAUGGGACAAGAUGGAAUGGGUAGCAACUCACCCAGUUCAGAAAAUCAUGACAAAGAGGGUCAUCUCUUUAGAUCAGAAUCUCACUCCCAGACGGGCUGUCUCAUGGAAGAAAAAUCUGGCUCAAAUCUUGAGGAACAGUCUGUUUCAUCAUCUAGGGGCAACCUCGAAAAUAUUGAUGGUGGAUAUGCUUGGGUUGUGGUAUUUGCAAGUUUCUUCAAUGCUUUUAUCAUCGAUGGAAUCGGCAGCAGCUUUGGUCUCAUGUUUCAGAGCAUGACAGACAAGUUCAAUGCUUCAGAUUUUGUCAUGUCAUUCGCAGGUUCCCUGUUCAUGGCCUUUUUAAUUAUGGGUAAGUCAUCUGACAUUCAUCUACGAUAAUUAAAUACUGGUUGAUUAUUAAUUAUUGUGCAUCCUGUUGGGAUAAGGUGGGAAUCGGUACCGGAAGUUAUAAUAUGGGUAGCAGAGCCUGAACACAAUUUGAUAAUUGUGAGGGCAAGCAGAGAUGUACCUUGGGGAAAAUGGCUGCCAUGGCAAGUAUUGAAUCAGCAGCCCUGUUUGAACAUCAAAUGCUAGGGCUGUAGAGGGUGAAAUGAAGUCACUUCCUGUUCUUCUGACACAUUUCACGCCUUUUAAAUAGAAUGCUUUGUCUGACCUAUACUACAUUAACAUAUGAUUAUGGGUCUAAAAUCCUAUCUGCAUCAUAUGAUAUACUACUCAAAUAUUCAAACUUAAUUUAUUUUGAAAACACUACGGAAGGAGCUAAUCAGAACAACUAAAGUAAGACAUUAUUGAUGAUCCCAAUAAUGUCAUCUCUUCUCUUUUUUUGCCAUGUAAUUUCACCCAUGACAUAAUUAUUUUUGGCUGUGCGCCAGAGACUGUAUUACAAUAUACAUCUCGGCAGUUGGUAUAUUUCAGGAAGGCCUGGCUGACCAGGACAAGAUGAUGCAAGUACUCAUCUGACCACAAAGUGUGUCUGACUCAUUGUUUCAAUAUCUCCUAGAUGGGAGCACACAUUUGCUGUAUGGAUAGUUUGGUAAAUGUGGACCAACCCGGUGUAAUCAGUUGCUUGGCUUAACAUAGUCCUUCGUUAUCUCAUGAUUGCGUUUUUUAAAGUCAUGAGUCUUCUUUCAGGUUGAGUUAGCUGUAGUCUAAAGUUCAUUUUCAUUGGAGACAUUUAGAGUACAAGUGUGGGUGGAUUGUACGAUAUAAAAUAAGAUUCUUUGUUAAGCAUAUGUAUUUUUUCAUCACAUUGUCAAAACAUGGCAUGGUCUUAUUUGCAUGCAUACAUUUUUUUUUCUAAUGAUUAUUUUUAGAAUUUUUUAUUAAAGGAUUAUCCUAGUACUAAUUCUAAAGUACUUUCUUUCAUAAGACCCUUCAUGUUUUUGGAUGGGAAAAGCCCAUUAUGGUACAAAAGAAGAUGAGAUUUUAUGCUGGUGCUAAAAAUAACUGAAGAGUGAUUCAAUCUACUUUGGGUAUCUUGGUUUUAUGUUAUGCUGGAAACAAUGGCAGGAGUGAAUUAAAAAUCAAAAUAUGUAAAAACUUGACUUUAAAACUUCAUUUUAUUUUAAGUAGAAAAUAAAUCAAAUAAAUAAUUAAGAUAAGUGGUGAUAUUUAUUAAUCAUUAAACCUUCUAGUGAAGUAUUCGAAUCAUACAGAGUGAAUGGUGAACUAGGAACUCGAGGAUCUACAAUAACAAUGUCAUUAUUCAAUGUACUGAGAGAAAGUUAUAGAAAUCUCCUAUGACCCGCUCACAAGCCGACCACCCCAUUCAUUCCCCCAGAAUAUUUGUCUGCUUUAUAUAACGAGGAGCAUAUAUUAUAUAGUGUUGAGUUGAUGGCAUCUAAAGCAUUAACACUUAAGAUUAAAUGCAAGGUUUGGCUUCAAAAGGUUUUUGGGUUGUAAUUGUAAAAUAGCAAGAACUGCCAAUAAAGAAAACAAAAGUUGCAGUUAAUCUUCAUAUUUGAGAAUUUCAAUGAUCUGGAUAAGGGCAAUACUGGGAUUUGUUCAAUCAUUGUUUUAUAUUCAUUGCCAUGUCAUGACCAGGAACAGUGGAGACAAUAAUUUUGUUUAACUUAAAUUGUUCUGAUCUUUUAUGUAUUUUAUAGUCAUAUUUUUAAAGAGCAUGGUGAGACAAUGUUUUGUGCAGUAACUCCAUUCAUGUGUGAACUCUAAAGAUUUGGACUGUUGAACAAGCAACUGGUUUCCCUAGGUGCAUCCACCAAUCAUUUACUCACUCACUCCCUACUUUCACUAGAAAAAACUGUAGAUGACAUUGCAUUAUGAACUAAUUUUUUUCUCAUUACGGCCUGUUUCAGGUACAGUAUCUGACCAGCUGACCAAGAAAUUUGGCUUCAGAGCUGUGACGAUCGCAGGGGGUGUGCUCAGCUGUCUCUGUUUCAUAUGCAGUGCCUUUGUUCCUAAUGUGUAUGUCUUCAUUCUGUUCUAUGGUCUAUUGACAGGUAUGUACUGGUCUCAAAACAAUCGUCAGGUAUUUUAUCAUAAUGUUCAGAUUUGUUUAUUUAUUGCUGGUUAAGCAUUUAUGUUUCGUUGCAUGUUGUUCCUACUUUUUUGCUCUUAUGGAAGUUUUAACAAAAAAUCAGCACAUCUACUUGAUCCUGAUUUGUAUAAAAAUAGACCACUUAGAUAUAUGCAUGCUACUGACAUGCUGUUGACACAUGCUGCUGCUCCUGCAUCUGGUUAUUUAUAGAUUCUUGAUUAUAUCUUGAACAUACUUUAAGAUAGCCGGCUGGAUCUGGUUAUUUAUAGAUCCUUGAUUGAAUUUUAUAUUUUCAAGUUCUUUUGUUGUUUUUUUUAAAAAUUGUUUACAGACAUGUAUGAGCAGAUGUAAUAUAUUACGAUGCCAGUAUUUCUUGACAUGUAUGAGCAGAUGUAAUAUAUUACAAUGCCAGUAUUUCUUGACAUGUAUGAGCAGACGUAGUGUAUUACGAUGCCAGUAUUUGUUGACAUGUAUGAGCAGAUGUAAUAUAUUACGAUGCCAGUAUUUCUUGUAAAACUAGGUUUGGGCUGGUAUGGUAAAUGUAUUUUCAAUUGAUAAUUUCUCUUCCACCAGGUUGUUCCUGUGGUCUUGUCUUCUUGCCUUCCAUCAUCAUUGUCAAUGCUUACUUCCAACAGAAGCGAGGAAUCGCCAACGGCAUCAUCAGUGCGGGGUCUGGGGCCGGCCUCGUUGUACUUGGCCCACUUAUAUCUUACUUACUGGAAGGCUACUCACUUCAGGGCACCAUACUCAUCCUAUCUGCCAUACUGCUGCACAUGAGUGUGUUCUCCAGCCUAUACCGUCCACCUCCUGGGCCAGGCAAACACAUGCCCAACGGCGAUGAUGAUCAGCUGAUGCAGGAGUCCCAAUCCAGUUGUUUGUCUGACGACAGUGAGAAGGCUGAAGUAAAGCAGGCCAAUGUCGACCCACGCCAAGUUGACGCAGACUGUCGGCAAAUGAUUCGAUUGUUAGAAGUCCCGUCUGAAAAUUUUUCAAAUCAUUCUCCCGCCACUAAUGGUAGCGUGUUGGCUAAAAACCUGUUAAAAGACUACGUUCAGACUAGACUGAAACCAGAAGUGUCUGCACCUUCUAGAACAAAGUCUCGCCGUCGUGAUGAACCCCAGUCAAGCACUCUGUGGAAGAGUGAGUACCAGUUGCCAUCAGAAAAUCUAAAUAACACGUCAACAACAGGUGGGCACAGCAAGUCACUGCAUUCAUCCGCCUACUGCCUUCCCACCUGGUACAAUGUUUCAAACCCACCUCACCAGCACCAUAUAAAUCUGGAAAUGUUGAACAAGCCCAGCCCGGGUCCUCAUGAGCUGUUUGCAAAUAACGGCAGUCGGCUGUAUCUUGCUGGAAGCAUCCACACCUUGAGGUCUCUACAGAAACAACAUGAGCAUCAUUACCGCCAUCAAACUGACCGGUCCAAACCCAAUGAGAGUUUGUCCGAGAUUUGUGUGAGUUCCUCGCAAGACACCACAGGUCAAGGUGCAUCAGAACUUCUGUUGGCGGCUCACAGCAGUGGGCACUCUGUUCAUGAAUUUACCCUGGGAAGUUCAGAACAGAAGAGUCUGGUCCACGAAAACUUGGACAGCCGAGACAAGAGCCUAUCCCAGCCUGUCCCAUCUGGAUAUACAAUAGCCCAGCUCUUACGCAUGCCAUCAUUCCAUUUUUUUUAUUGCGGCGCCUCGCUCGUUCAGAUUGGUUAUCCCGUCGCUUCCACUUUCUUGGCAAAAUUUGCCAAUGAGCUCGGCCAUACAGACACCGCUCUGUUGAUGAGUCUUUUAGGUGAGUUAUGUCUCUUUGUCUGAUUGAAUGAUUUAAAGAUGUGCCGCUCAAAUGUAAGGAAAGAUGUAGCUUGGUGGUGUAUUAAUGUCAGUGUGCUAGUUUUUCAGAUGUCAGGAUUGCUAGGGGAGGUAUUAUUGCCAGUGUGUCACAUGUCAGGAUUGCGCUUGAUAAUUCUAAUCAAAAUAGUUUUCUGUACUUAGGCACUAAGUUAGGAAAUAUGUACAAGCCACUUUUUUUUCAUGUUAGUAACCAAAGGCUAAAAUGUAUAUAUUAUUAAAUGUCUGAAAGGGAAACCGUUGUACUUACAUGUGUCAUCUCUGAUUUUUUUUCUCCAUAGCCAUUUUGCUUUCUGUAUUUUAGUGGAUUUUUUGUGUUUCCAAACUGACAUAUAUUGGGCUGCUUUACAGUAGCAUUAAUAACUUUCCAUAAGACACGUAGGCUAGUUUUCUAUUUCUUGUGUGUGCAGCGUGUCUGAGUCACUUGCUUACACUAGUUUACUAUUUCUUGUGUGUGCAGCGUGUCUGAGUCACUUGCUUACACUAGUUUACUAUUUCUUGUGUGUGCAGCGUGUCUGAGUCACUUGCUUACACUAGUUUACUAUUCCUUGUGUACAGGAUGUCUGAACAUCUGUGGCAGGUUGCUGGGAGGGAUACUGGCAAGCUUGAAAUGGGAUCCCCUGCACCUGAACAACACAUCACUGCUGCUGGUCGGGGUCAGCUGUGUUUUGUGUCCUGUCUACAAGGAGUUUUGGUCACUCUGUCUCUAUGCUGCAUUGUAUGGCUUUUUCUUAGGUGAGUUGAACACAGGAAAAACUCCUUGUUGGAAUCUUGAAGGUGUCUUAUCAAUCAUUUAGUGUGAAGGUGUCUUAUUAAUCAUUUAGUGUGAAGUUGUCUUAUUAAUCAUUUAGUGUGAAGGUGUCUUAUUAAUCAUUUAGUGUGAAGGUGUCUUAUCAGAAUUCAAAUGACACUGGUGUUGCACUCAUGAUUAUUAACAUUUGAAGUGAUAACUUAUGGAAAAAUCAAAUUCAAUAAUAAAGACUUUAUGGAUAGAAAUUUGUUUGUUAAUUUAUCAAAACAUAGAUUAUUUUUAUUGUUUGCUUAAAUGACUUUAACAGGAGGUUGAGUUACUUUAUAAAAUAUAUAAAUUACCUGGUAGAAUACGAGCUAGGUAACAAGUUUGCAACCAUCUUGGAUUGUGGGGAAGGGGCCAGUAUAAAGACCUAGCCCCUGGUAGACAGCCAUGUGUUCACUAUGACUGUUUGACUCUUCCAUCCAUCCAAAAUGAUCAAUAAAUUGAUCGUGGGCCCUUAAGAUAUAGAAGAAAAUUGUAAGAAACAUUUAUUUUCACUAUAAAAAUUUUUAACAAAGAACAAGAAAAUUAAUUCAUUAAUAUACCUGUAUUGUUUUUAAAAAAAUAUUUAAAGAGAGUGGCUCGAGGCUAAUGAAUGGAUGGUAUUACAUUUCAGGAUUUUUCUCACCGCUCCAGCCUCUCAUUAUAGUGAAGCACUUUGGCCUGGGUUCUUUGUCGUCAGCUUUUGGUUUCCUGACCACCAUUAAAGGUGUGGCUUCCUUUUUUGGCUCACCCCUGGCGGGCUGGAUCUACGACGAGACCGGGUGGUACGCUCUGUCUUUUGUAUUUGGUGGCGUUGUGUUCAUCUUGUCUGCCCUGGUCCACUGGUUGAUGGUGUUUGAUGGGAGGCAUCUACGAUCUGCUUAAAUUAUAACUCUCACAUAAUGUGCAAUGCUGUUGGAACAAUGUCAGGAUGCUGUGUGUGUACGUCUGAAGGGGGACAACUUGUGGAUGAUCUGUUGGAGCAAUUUCAGGAUGUUGUGUGUGUACAUCUAUUUCCACUGGUUGAUGGUGUUUGAUGGGAGGCAUUUACCAUCUGCUUAAAUUAUAACUCUUACAUAAUGUGCAACGCUGUUGGAACAAUGUCAGGAUAUUGUGUGUGAACGUCUAUGUGACAACAACUUGUGGAUGAUCUGUUAAAACAAUGUCGGAUAUUGUGUGUGUACGUCUAUGUGACAACAACUUGUGGAUGAUCUGUUGAAACAAUGUCAGGAUGUUGUGUGUGUAUGUCUAUGUGACAACAACUUGUGGAUGAUCUAUUGAAACAAUGUCAGGAUAUUGUGUGUGUAUGUCUAUGUGACAACAACUUGUGGAUGAUCUAUUGAAACAAUGUCAGGAUAUUGUGUGUGUACGUCUAUGUGACAACUUAUAAAUGAUCUGGUUUAUUAAAAGAUAUUUUAUCGUCAUAUCUGUUAUGCUGUUUGUCUCGUUUCCUGAUGUAUGAUGAAAACUAAGUAGAAAAUAAUAAAGAGUUAUUUGAGGUCAAAGUUGAACAAGGUAUGUUGUAGAAGCUUGACAUGAAACGACAGGACAAUAAAAGGAGAAUGCAGUCCUUAUUUAUUAGCCUUAUAGGUUUUUUUAAACCUUCCACCUGGACUGCAAUAAAAAAAAAUAUGGCACAGCCUUAAGGUUCUAACACAGAAUCAUACAACUAUAACUGAGAAUAAGAGCCUCAGGGCCCCUUAGACCCUACAAGGCCCUCCACUGUGUGAUAGAUUUAUAUAGCCAAGGUUAAAAAAAGUUAAUGGACAUAAAAGGGGAGGCAAGUUGGGUGCAACCCUAUGUCUAUAACUAAGCCAAAUACUAGUUUCUCUAAGUGGGAUUUUGUCUGUGCAGACCUUCAUGUGUCUGUGCAGACCUUCAUGUGUCUGUGCAGACCUUCAUGUGUCUGUGCAGACCUUCAUGUGUCUGUGCAGACCUUCAUGUGUCUGUGGAGACCUUCAUGUGUCUGUGCAGACCUUCAUGUGUCUGUGCAGACCUUCAUGGCACCUAAGGUGAAAUCCCCCAAUUCUUCUUUUGGCCUUGCUAUGACUGAUCAUCCCAUGAGAUUUUUUAUUUUAUUCAGUUCAAAGAAAUAAUUUAUUAUGUUAUUACUUGUUACUGUUAUCUAUAACUUUGCUUGAAUCACUUCAGCAUUCUUUAUCUUAUGGUUACUUAUUACCCUUAGUAAAAACUGGAUGUGUGAAUGACAUUCAGUUUUUUAGUGGAUUACAGUCAAUAGAUUUUUUUUUUCCUUCUUUUAGUCUGGACUACUGAAUUCUGUUAAAGUGUUUGUCCAGACUUCAAUUUAAUGUGCCCAUAUCUGAAGUAAAUAAUCUUUGUUCCUCAUUUGUUUUUAAAAAAUGUAUGCAA